UUCUGGCUGAGAAGGUGGAACAGCUGAUGGAGUGGAGCUCAAGGCGCUCUGUCAUCCGCAUGAACGGAGACAAAUUCCGAAGAUUUGUGAAGGCUCCACCUCGUAACUACUCUGUGAUAGUGAUGUUCACUGCACUCCAGCCACAGCGGCAGUGCUCUGUUUGCAGGCAAGCUAAUGAAGAAUAUCAAGUGCUGGCUAAUUCAUGGCGCUAUUCAUCUGCUUUUUCAAACAAACUGUUUUUCACAAUAGUGGAUUAUGAUGAAGGGGCAGAUGUUUUUCAACAGCUGAAUAUGAACUCUGCUCCGACUUUCAUGCAUUUUCCUCCAAAAGGUAAACCCAAGAGAGCUGACACGUUUGACCUGCAGAGAAUCGGAUUUGCAGCUGAGCAGCUAGCUAAAUGGAUAGCUGACAGAACAGAUGUUCAUAUUAGAGUGUUCAGGCCUCCUAACUAUUCUGGUACAAUUGCACUGGCUCUUCUGGUAUCUCUUGUUGGUGGGUUGUUAUAUCUGCGAAGAAAUAACUUAGAGUUCAUCUACAACAAAACUGGCUGGGCCAUGGCAGCUCUGUGUGUUGUAUUUGCUAUGACAUCUGGUCAGAUGUGGAAUCACAUCCGUGGACCCCCAUAUGCACAUAAAAAUCCUCAGAACGGACAAGUGAGUUACAUACAUGGAAGCAGUCAGGCUCAGUUUGUUGCAGAAUCACAUAUUAUUCUUCUGCUGAAUGCUGCUAUUACCAUGGGAAUGGUACUCCUGAAUGAAGCUGCUACAUCCAAAGGGGAUGUUGGAAAAAGGAGAAUAAUAUGUCUGGUAGGCCUGGGUCUGGUGGUCUUUUUCUUCAGCUUCCUGUUGUCAAUAUUUCGCUCCAAAUACCAUGGCUACCCAUACAGCUUCUUAAUUAAAUGAAUUCAAGAGGGAUUCAUUUAGAGCUGCUUACCAUGAAGAGAAGCUGUUACUGAUAUUAUCUGCCCACCAAUGUUACAUGUAUUCAAGAAUCUUUCGUUGGUUCAUCUGUUUUUGUGAGAAUUUAUAUAGUAUUCUGAUAGAGAAAUGAAUGCAGUUUUAUGCAAUGAAUGCAUAAUUUAUAGAAACAUACAGUAAACACCUCACUGGGAAAUGCUAAAAAGUUAUGAAUAUAGUGUGCUCAAGAAUUUAAAUAAAUUUCAUUAUAAUGGGC